AUGCAGAAAGAACGACCUUAUGACAGUUGGAAAUGGGAUAGAGCACACAGACUGAGAUUAUGCAAGUUGAUGACAAAAAGAAAGUUGGGUGGGAUGUUCAACCAGAGUUAUCCGGCCCGGUUUGGAAUAUGCCACCACCACCCAAUGGCAUCCUGUGCCACCAGCGCUCUUUCUUCAGCAUUCUCCACCAUGCAACUCGAGACUGACGAAGAUCUGGGGCGAACAGAUUCACUUUCAACCUUAAACUAUCACCUUGACUUCGCCUCAAAUGACGGCAACGUCGUACUCGCCGCCAAGGACGCCAAACUGUACUUCAGAGUUCACGCCUUCACCCUCAAGACAGCUUCCGGUUUCUUCAGGACGAUGUUCGCCUUACCGCAGCAGGACAAUCAACCGUCAGAUAUCGUGUAUUUGGAUGAGGACGCUGACGUUCUAGCGAGCCUCCUUCGCAUGCUCUGCGGGCUUUCGUUUCCUGAAAUACCCUCGCUGGACAUGCUGCAGUCGCUACUUUUUGCGGCGGAAAAGUACGAUAUGCCGGGCCCGAUGUCGCUCAUGCGGAUGUAUCUCUUGACGCAGUCACUAGGCCUGGAUCCAAUUCGUCUGUAUGCUCUUGCCCGUCGAUACGAGUGGGACCAUGAGUCGAAGGUUCUUUCUUCCGAUACCCUAACUCUCAAUUUAUUCGACGAGAAGCAUCACCCUUCUCUGCGAACACUGUCGACUGACGCUCUCCUUGAUCUUGUUGUCCUGCAUCGCUCCAGACGAGAUGGGCUGCGAAAAUGUCUGAACGAAGCGCCAUUUGUCACCGGAGAUCCAUCGACUUGCAUCCAAUGCCACGCACUGAUUACCAACGAGACCUGGAGGGAACUGAAACACAGGAUUGUUGCUGAGAUGGAUGAGCGACCCCUGGGAGACACAGUCCUCGACUCGGGGCUUUCGACGUGGCCUGAAGCGAUUGCGUGUUGGAGAGCUGCAUGUCGCACCGAGACUUGCAAACGCCUGCUAUAUGAUAAGACAGAGACGAUUCGGGUGGUGAAGGAAUGCAUUGAGGGGCUUCCGAGGACAGUUUAG